CUGAGCACCGGCCGGAGGCCUGGCAGGCGAGUCGCUUUGGCUGGGUGCUGAGGGACGCUCCUGCCUCCACUCCCGUCACACUCAGAUUGAUUAUAGCAUGAGAAGAUGCCAAUUAUCAAAGUGCCAGUGGUACACAGAUUUGGAAUAUUAUCCAAUAGACAACAUAAAGAACUUCAAAAGGAACUUUUGAGAAAAUAUUUGCCAAGUCAUUCAUAUGAAAUCCACAGUGACAAGCCUAUAAACCCCUUGGAAAUCACAGAAAAAUUCAUUCAGAAGUUCAAUGAUACAACAAAUCCACAGGAUAAAGAAGACUUACUAGAACUAGCUAAGAAAAUGCUUGCCAGAUGCAAGAGAAGAUCAGGCCUUGGCACAUUAGGUUCUGGGAAGCAUGUGGAUCUUCCAGUAGCAUGGACAGAAGCAAUUAUAUUGGCUCAAUGCAAAGGUGAAAUCCAGGAAGAAGCUUUGGACCUCCUUUUAAUUUCUUUGGACCAUGCUCCCAUGAAUCCAGAGCAUGUCCCUGUUUUAUUUUUCAUCGCUGAAUCCAUUUUGUAUAGGAUUUGUUGUGAUGCAGCACAGAAAUCUUAUUUAUACUCCAGUGAAAUCAAGUUAUCAAAGGUUGGAUUUUUGGUCUUUUUAAGGCUCCUUGUUUUUCACCUGUGUGGUCACCUGGAGACUUCUGGAGAACAUACAUAUAGGCUUCAUACAGAUUUAAAAGCACUUUCAGCUUGUGAGGUCUGCUACCAUCCAUAUCCAAACAUCCUCUCGGCUGUGCAAUUUAUGCUGAAGGCUGGAGAAACCAUAUGUGGUGCUGUGGUAUUUUCUGAUGUAAGCUUGGAAGAAAGACAGAAGCAGAGUCCUCUUGACAUGUCCGUCUUGGAUUCUGACCCAUCAGUUCGAUUAAUGCUUGAACAAAAAGAAAAUACGAUUCAGCACUUUCUUUGGCAUAGUCUUGUUGUUUGGGUUUGUGUACACAACAACUCUUCUCGACUAGAUGAAGUACUUCAACAUCUUCUGUUCUAUAAGGAAGAGCUCCAUCAGAAAAACUGGUUGGAUUCUGUAUUAGGUUUGUUGGUCCUUGGAGAGGCUGCCAAAUUAAACUUGUCCUGCUUGAAGGUUUUAAUGGAUCUAGUGAGAGAUUUUAUUUCAAGCUCUGUGUCUCUUCAGAAGCAGAAAGACAACUGCAUGAAAAAUUUAUCAUCCUGGCACUGGGAAAUAGGCUACAUAUACACCACUGUGCUCAGAGACAUUUGUUUAAGUGGUAUUACCUCAGAUUUACAAAAGACAGCUUUUCUUGGGUUCUGUGAUUGUACAAAACCACCUAAGCAUCCAGAAGAAUUAAGUGGAGCAAGUUUUGUUGACCUUUUGCACUACAGUCCUUCACAUGAUCCAUUUGACUGUGAAGAACUAUUCUGGGUUAUUCACUAUGGUGUUGUUUACAAUCUGGUUGUGAUGUGCAAUGAACUCUGUGGGGAUGUGAGUCGAGAAGGCUUAAGGAAUGCAGUAUGGAAAGCUUUACAGAAACAAAAGAACAAUGAAAAGGAUAGCCGAGUCCUGGAAGCCAUAAGAGUAGCUGAGGCUGAAGCAAAUGGUCCAGCAAAUCCUUUUAUUAGUUCAAGUGCAAAUGCUCCAUCAUCUUCCAGGACCUUAACCUCCUGCCAGUAUGUGGGUUGGAGAGUUGCCAAUGUACUCUCCCAGGUCUACUUACCACCCAUUUAUCCCAGCAUCCCUCUGCCAAGCAAACCUAAACAGAAGCUAUCUCCUAUGCAGUAUCAGCACUCAGAGCAGUGCGAUGUGGAGAAAAGAACUGCACGUUCUUCUCUAAGGGAAGAACUUUUGCAAGCAAGAAGACCAAUUUAUCCAUAUCCAGAUAUCCUUACCCGGACGGAUAGGGAGCUAAAGAAGAUAAUUGAGGAUCAGUGGCAGAAAGAGCUGCAGAUCAGACUGAAGGAAGAGGAGGAGCUCCUUGAGAAAGAACGUCAGGAAAAACAAAAGGAGGCGGAAGAGCACUUCAGAGAAAUUAUGAAAAGGCGAGAAGAAAAGCUGCACAAGAAAACCAAACCUUAUGAGCUUCCUGUUAAACACAAAGCUGAAGAUUUGAUACAGUGAAUUAAAAGAGCCAACUGUCAGUAUUUCAGCAACCAGCACAAAUAAGGGACUGAGUUUCUAAUCUAAAUUUAAAUACUUAAAAUUAAAAUUAAAAGAAAAAUUAUAAAAAAUAACUGCUCCCCAGUGACCAAUUGGUGGGUACUUGUAGAAUGACCUAGCGUGCCAGGUCUGCAGCUCUGUGACACCCGAGGAAUCCAUUCCCCUGAGGAUUUCAGCAGCCUAGGAAAAAUCCCUGGGUGUUACUGAGCUGUUGAAGCACUCUCUGAGCCUUAGCAAUGGGAGUGUUUUUGGAGUAAGAGGAAGUGGCUGGAACACCACAGCAUCCAGUAUUCCCCAACUGCUGGAGUAGCCCUUUUAGAUCACGGGAAGCCAGGUUUAAUGUAGAGUAGUCCUGAGGUUGCCUUUUGUUAUAAGUAGGACUUGGAUGGGCCUAGUGUCAGGGAGCUUCUGCCUCUCACAUGCCCUGAGCCGAUCAUAGCUGCUGCUAAGGCUGUAGCCCAUUAGUCUUAAAAACAUGCAAAAAGGCUCCAUUUCAGUAAAUGGGAUUAGGGAAAAUCUUUUUAUAGCUUUGACUUCCUGAGAUUCAUCUGGAGUUUCUACUUUCAACAAUGAACUGAAGCUUCCAAAUUUUACCUGAUUUCAGGUCGAAAUCAGAAAUUUCUAAUGGUCUCCCUUCAGAACCAUACACUGGCCAAAUAGCAGCUCACAUUUGCCACAGGACUAGCAAGACUUUGUGACCUUGGCCUUAGUUUGGGUUUGAAACAAAACCAGGCACAUUUUUCUGUAUUCAGGUUUCCUUAAGAAAGGUUCAUAAAUCUCCAGUUAUUUCCUAAAUGCAAGAACUUUCAUGCAUCAUCACUUUUUGCUACACUCUUUUGAGAUAAGAUAUAUCAGAAAAGUGGUCAUUACACCUGCAGCAACUAAGAGUCCCAACUGAGUGCAAUUUUUUCAAUUAUCUUUUUUCCAUUAGUAUAAUUAGCAUUUCUUCCUAUUCUUGACUUAUGAUCACACAGCGUAUUUUAUCAUUUGUAAAUAGAAGUAGUUGCUGUUCGUUACUAAACAAUUAAAUAUGAAUUACUUGUAAAUAAUUGAUAAGUGGCAUUUCUGAAUCAUCUCUGAAAAAGAAUGAGCAUCAACUGAGUUUUGCCUGUGUGAGCAAAUCUUAGAAUAAAACCAGUUAUAAACUUGGCAGAAUAUGGGAGCAAUGAAUUGAAACAAAUUCUUCUUGAAAGUUUCUUUAAAAAAAAAAAAAAAAAACCUAAGAAAUCAGCAAGAGUAGGCUAGAAUCAUAUUACUCUUGAAAUACAGCACAUCUCCCACUGCUGGCACUGGGCCUCUUGGGCAUGUGGUUAUGUGAUUUGAAUGCACAGUUGUACUACUUGCAUUUGCUAAUUUGGCAUGUGAUUGUAUCAUCAUUAGGCAUCAUAGCUAAAAUAGUUGUGAUGAAUGGGCGAGUUCAUGCUUCUUUGAGCAGACAUUUCAGGUGACCAAAGACAAUGUUACAUUGAUUCAUGUUUGGAGGGUUACUUUUGAAGACCUGUGAAAUGCAUAACUCGAGACCAGUAGAGAAACCCUACAGAUCUCAAUAUCCCCAAGAAUACCCAGUCUCUCUGAAUUGUUCCCCAGGCUCUCUCCCCCAUUCCUCUUUUCCCCCUGACAAUGGGUUUGAAAGGAGUCAUUCGAACCUGCAUGCUUUCCUAACUCCUGUCCUGAGCCCCCUCCCCAAACAAAGGAAAAUUGCUUUGUGCCUAAAAUGAACCCACAGAAGUGUAUGCUGAUUGGUUCAUGACUGUUUCCAUUGAGAAAAAUCUCUGUGGGAUUAGGGAUGAAAUACCAUGGGGGAUGGUCAUCACAUUGAUCUUGCCCCUUUCACCACCAGCACCCCCCUUCCACAGCUACAGCAGCCUGCCCUGUGGCCUAGAAGCAGAGGGCUUCUGCAGGAUUAGUGGAAUGUGUUCCCCAGCCAGAAUCUAUCAGCUUUUGGCUCUCCUCCAAACACAGGGAAGGGGCGAGGAGGUGUACAUGGCCUAAACUAUAGAGCAUAUAUGGCUAUUUUACACUGUGCUGUAACCAUAGUCACUUCAGUGGGUUUACUCCUGAUUUACAUUGGUAUCGGAGGAGAAUUAAGAUGAUAAAUGGUCCAGAGACAACAAGGGCGGGGGUCAUGUGCCCCCCUCCCACCCUGGCCCUGAUUUGCUGCUUGGCUUGUACUGAGCAUGCUCAGUAACACUGCUGCAACUGGCUGCUCUUGUUCUGCUCUCCCCUCCCCACCCAAGCACAGGUUGUCUCUCAGAUUUGUCUUCAAAUUGAGCUGGUUUCCUUGUUUCAAUGUCAAUUGAAACUAAAUCAGAACAUGACAAAGAUAUUUAAAAAAUUAGCCAUUCAUGAGCAUGUCUCCCUCUGGUAAAAACAGUUGCAGCUACACUUACAGAACUUUGCAUCCGACGAAGUGGGUAUUCACCCACGAAAGCUCAUGCUCCAAUACGUCUGUUAGUCUAUAAGGUGCCACGGGACUCUCUGCUGCUUUUACAAAACUUUGAAUAUUUUAUAUCUGAAUGCUGCUAUAGCAGUGAAAAAUUUUAUCACAUCUGCUCUUUAGGAGAAAAGUGAAGAGCAGGGGGAACUUUUCUUUGUCUGCCAGUGAAUAUACAAACCCCGAGUGCUGGUGAAGAUUUUUUUUGAUUGAUUCAGCCCAUGUUCAGCCUAUAAGUCAUAGGUUGGCCAUCUGAGACUUAAAGCAUUUGGAAUACUCAUUAUACUAAUUCUAACGGUCUUCCCUGACAUACCAUGUGCAUUUGGAACCUUAUUUAUAAAGAAAGCUAAUUUUGAAAUGUCAAAUUCUCUAACAUAAAUUCAAAUAUUUACAUAGUUUAACAAAUUCCUUGGAUGAUUGUUACUUUUGAGCAAUAGGCAUUUUUCAUAGUAACAUACCAAGCUGAAGGAUAAUUUAGCUUUAAUGUUAUUCACAUGCACUUACUUAGCCCUAGCUGAGGACUAAUUUCCGUAAUACCUGCUACCGUACCAUUUCCUUAUUCCCUCUUCAUAUUUCGGAGAAAAACAAAAAACUCCAUCUGUUUAAAAAAAAAAAAAAGUAAAAAUGUUCUCAGAGGAAGGAGAGGUGUUUCCUGACUACCACAAGGACUAGUUUGUAGCUGCAAAGCUACAGCCCUAUGAUAAGGGGCUGCAGAGGCACUCAGUCUUCAUGGGAGCUCCAGGGGACAUUGGACCUGAUUCUCAUUUACACCAAGACCAUUUUACACCACCCUGAUAGUGAAAAGAAGCCUUAGAGUGGCUUCAUGUGCAGCACAGCUGCACCAGUGUAGCUGCACUGCUGUAGCACUUUCGUGAGGACACUACUAUGCCAACGGGGGAGCUUCUCCAGUCAGCGUAGUUAAUCCACCUCCACGAGAGAUGGUAUCACUGUUGACAGGAGAAGCCCCCCAUUGACAUAGUGCU